AUGCUCGGUAUCGCCAUCGGUGUUCUAUUAUUGGUAUAUCCGUCAUGGCACGAAUUUCUCUUAUUGUAUAAGCAAACAUUAACGCUUCUGUCGAUAGGUUUAGCUUUUCGAAAGGUUGUUACCCCAGUUGGAGAAGAAGAGAAAACCGACUGUCAUCUACUGUAUCUGAGACGCAACGACCCAAAUGUAUACUGGCUGUACUAUCGGAUAUUCCUGUCAUGUUGGAUUGCAAUGCACUUCAUUCAUUUAUGCACUAUUAUAGCUAGUAUUUUUGGCGCUCAGAUGACAAAAGCUCGUCUUCUUGCUCCCCAGAUGAUUGUGCUGGUCUUCAAAGUGGGCCUUUAUAUUGUGGGAUCAUUUGCUUUGACAGUUAUUAGCGUUACCAGUGCUAAAGUGACGUGGAUGGCAAUGUUGAUCAUAUUCUUCUUUGCAUUUUUUACAACCACCAAUCUCAUUGUUUUGGUCAGAUACCAUCGAGUUUUGGAAGAGAAGAAUAUAGCUCUGCGAGCCCUAUUGGCAAACACAAAGAGUGUCCACUUCAAAGAAAGACGAGCGUUAUAA